UAACUCUCAAACACCACUGAAAAUCACAUCUUCUCUGUAUUCAUUCAACCAAGCGUCUGUGUUCGAUCUCAUCUCGAUCGUUUUGUCUGAAAAAUGUUGGCGAUUUUCAACAAAGAAUUGGUGACUGUGCCACAAGAGCUGAACAGCCCUGCUUCAUUGUCUUCAUCAAGAAAGCCUAAACUUCCUGUUGAGAUCUUGAAGGAGUUUCAUCAGUCCUUUACCCCCUCUAAUGCCUUUUCUCUCAGCUUUGGAGAUGCUGCUUUGCUCGCUUAUGCUCCGCCACAGAAAAAUAAUAGAUUGUUUUGUGGGAUGGACGGCAUAUACUGCGUUUUCUUAGGGGGCUUGAACAACCUAUGCAGCCUCCUCAGACAGUAUGGGCUUUCAAAGGGCACAGAUGAGGCCAUGUUCAUCAUUGAGGCCUAUCGGACCCUCCGUGACCGCGGCCCAUACCCGGCCCAUCAGGUCCUCAAGGACCUCGAAGGCACCUUCGGAUUUGUCAUCUAUGACACCCAGGCUGGUCAUGUCUUUGCUGCACUCGGUGAAAAUAAAGGGGUGAGGCUAUUCUGGGGAAUUGCGGCUGAUGGCUCUGUUGUAAUAUCUGACAACUUGGAGGUGAUCAAAGGAAGCUGUGCCAAAUCAUAUGCGCCAUUCCCAAAUGGGUGUAUGUUCCACAGUGAACAAGGAUUGGUUAGCUUUGAGCAUCCAAGGAGCCGGAUGAAAGCAAUGCCCAGAAUUGAUAGUGAAGGCGUCAUGUGUGGGGCCAACUUCCAGCCUGAUGCUGCUCAUUCCCGGAUUACUAACCAAAUGCCACGUGUGGGUAGUGAAGCAAACUGGGCUCUAUGGGCCUCAAAUGCCUGAGCUGACCUACUGAAACACCGAACCCUUAUAUCUUUCCUUGGACUUUGUUUUUGUUUUUGUUAACUCUAAUUUCCAGUUUCCAUGAUGUUCCUCUGUAAAUUUUUCUUUGUUAAUUGACAUGAAGCCCUGAUAACAUGAAUAAAAUCUUUUGUUUGGGACAAAUUUCAA